AUGGCCCAGGCUGUGAAAAACACUAAAAACCCUGACUUUGUAAAUCAAUAUCAAUCAAUGCCCUGCAAAGUACAUCAUAAAUCUGGAAGUUCUAGAGAGCUAACCCUGAGUGGGGGCUUUUCGAGCACGUCGGGGGUUCUCAGACGUGCCCUGCCUGUGAAUCGCGCCCCGGUGGCACCUGAGGCGUUUCGGGUACGUUUCUGCAGGUUGCGAACGCCCCGCACCCUGCCAGAAGCCGCAGUUCCAGUCAGGCACCGGCGCUCCCGGACACCGGGGCUUGCUCUGCCCGUCUUCACCCGCCUGGGGAGGCCUCCCCGCGCCGGCUGCUCGCCGCCACUCGCGCGCUGCGGUGGGCCCCCCCCCCCUCAGCGCCCCCCGCCGCAGCGCUCUCACGCUCCCCUCGUUAACGGGCUUUCUCCACGCCGCGAAUCGCUGCCUCGCCGGGGCGAAGCGACCUCUCCCCCCCCGCUCUGCCCCCGCAGGCCCUCGGGGCGCCAGCCCGCGCCGCCCCCCAACGCGGGGUUACAGCGGCAGCGAAGCCGCCGGGCUGGGUCUGCCGUGCGGAUCAGAUUCAGACUGGUAAGAAGAGAAGAUGAAGAGCUAGCCCAGCAAAACGGCAAUCGACAGCAGCUCCCAGCUGCCCUGGGUGAGCUAACGGGCGUCCUGCGGCUGUACGCAGGAGCUCUCUCAAAUACAGACCCAGCUUUUUUCCUCCUCUUUCAGAUCCGUGCUGGAUCAAGAAUCUUGUACAGACCAAUUUCGGCAUCUGUGUUGUCUAGGCCAGAGGUCAAGACUGGAGAGGGCAACUCAGCACUUAAUGGGGCCCAAAAUACUGUCUCCCGACUAGCACUUAGAGAAUUCCAGACUAGUGCUAUCAGCAGAGACAUUGACACUGCUGCCAAAUUUAUUGGUGCUGGUGCUGCCACAGUAGGUGUGGCUGGUUCUGGUGCUGGUAUUGGAACAGUCUUCGGUAGUCUAAUCAUUGGUUAUGCCAGAAAUCCUUCUCUGAAGCAGCAGCUGUUCUCAUAUGCUAUCCUGGGAUUCGCCCUGUCUGAAGCUAUGGGUCUCUUCUGUCUGAUGGUUGCUUUCUUGAUCCUAUUUGCCAUGUGAAAGGAGAUCUGCCUGUAACACUGGCAUUGGAAUGUAACUCUGCAUUUUAUGGGACUUCCCAAAAUGUUGGUGUCAUGGAAAUUGAUGCUAUUUCCAAAGUCAUUUCAUUAAAGAUAACAACUUUAACUGUCAA